AUGCUGAGUCAGAACCGGAGCUUGAAGAUGCAGAGCGCUUCACCCUCGUCUUCUGCGUCUGCGAAUACCACCACUAAUACAGACGCCCACUUGCACGCGCAGCUCGAGCUACUUAGCAAGCACACCACGCCCAACUCGUCUGACAACGCGACAGCCCCAUCUCGAGGAGCUCGUUCCCAAGCUCCCAAACCCCAGAGCGCCUCGCCUGCUCAUGGCUAUAGUAACGGCUCGAACUCGCCACCCUCUGACGUCUUGCCGCCGAUAGUCAACAACGAAAACACCACCACUACCGACCCCGAAGCGCAUAUUCACCCCGAUCUCCGAGCUCGCAACAUCCACGCGCCAGUCGUGAACAUGAUGCCCGCUGGCCCCGCUCCGCCCCAGCAAACCGCUCCUCCCGCGACUACCGCCGGCCCUUCCACUGCUCCUCCUGCGAAUCUCCCCGCCCCGACAGCUAUGGCCCUGGACGACGGGGGCGCGGGUAGCAAGGCGAAGCGCGAACUCUCGCAAUCGAAGCGCGCAGCGCAAAAUCGAGCUGCUCAGAGAGCUUUCCGUCAGCGAAAGGAGCACUAUAUUAAGAAGCUGGAGCAACAGGUUCGGGACUACAUGGAAAUGGAACAGAGCUACAAGACGAUGCAAUCAGAAAACUACGCCCUCCGCGAAUAUGUCAUCCAUCUGCAGUCACGACUUCUGGACGCCCAGGGCGAGAUCCCCCAGCCCCCUCCCAACGUCAACCUCGCCAACCCUCCCAUGCAACCCCCUCCGCCCCCUGCGAGCGCCCCCGAGGCUGCGCCGCCUAACCCAGCUGCCGGCACGCCCCUCGAGGCCGUCGCGCAGGCCGUCGCAGGCCUUGCCGCGCAGGAGCAGCUCGCUGGCAGACAGCAGUUUUCUCCAGAGCAGGGCAAAGAAGAGGCGCGUCGCGAGGGCGAGGAGAUUGAUGGCCAACUCCAGCCGGACGGAAUUGCUGCCGCGCCGACUGCCUCAAUGUGA